AUGGCACGAGAGCAGCAGCUUUUCCUGUUCCUACCGCCGGAUUCUCUCCAUCCGAUAUGGGAGACGAUCUUCAAGAGGGUGCAGCAGCCAGGCCUGCAGCAGUUCCAAGACGUAACCAUCCUGUUCCAGGUCAAAAAUCUAAAGAUCUUGACUAAAGACGUGACGUGGGAGGCUAUAAUGACACGAUUCCGGACGUACUAG